AUGUUAUGUACUAUUGUCCUCUUAACCUGCUUUCUGUGUUUAAUUAUUACAUACCUCUGGAUGACAAAUCAUUCCUAUGGUUAUUUCAAACGUCAUGGCAUUCCGACACCGCCACAUCGUUUCUUCUUCGGACAUUAUAAAGACCUAUGGGCAACGAAAUCAUUUUCAAUUACACUGCAACAGUGGACGAAAAAGUACGGAUCUAUUUACGGUCUAUUUCUGGGAACGAAGCCGAUGUACGUUGUAUCGAAUGUUGAUUUUCUUCAAGAGAUUUAUAUCAAACAGUUUUCAUCAUUUCAUUCACGACACCUGCCGAUUAUCCUACGACUUCAAACUGGCCAUAAAGUUCAUCUUUUCAGUGCUAUCGGCGCAAGAUGGCGACGACAACGACAUGUGAUUAAUCCAACAUUUACAGCUGGGAAAAUGAAAUUAAUGUCUUCAUUAGUAUCUGAAUGCAUAGAAACAAUGACGCAGAAGCUCUUUUCUGUCAUUCAAAGUCAACCAAUCGAAUUGAAUAUCUAUCAGUUGUACAAACGAAUGACCAUGGACGUCAUAUGCCGCUGCGCAUUUGGUAUUGAUACUGACAUGCAAAAUGAUACGGAGAACAUAUAUUUAAAGAAAUCCGCUGGAGCAUUUGAGUUAGACAUCGAGCAAUUGUUGAUCGUGAAACUGACGAAUUUAUUGCCAAUUUUUAGUCAGCCUUUCCGUUAUUUUUAUCUUUUUCAAAUUGGUAUUCGCCGUGUAUUGAUAAGAUUGAUUCCAUUUUUGAAGGAUUACAUUGAAGAAACGCCAGGCUCAUGGCUGACUAAUCGUGUCAGAGAUGUGGUUAACCUUCGAAAACAAUCACCAACGAAACGUAUCGAUCUGUUACAAUUGAUGAUUGAUGCUUCCACCGAUGGAGACGUCAAAGAUAAUGUUGAUGAACAAUUGAUGCCAAAAGUUUUACAUGCGGACGAAGUUAUAAGCAACGUUUUUCUCUUUAUGAUUGCUGGCUAUGAAACAACAUCGACUGCUUUGGCCUACUCGACCUAUGUCCUCGCAACAAAGCCGCUUAUUCAACAACGACUACGUAAAGAGAUCGAUCAGAUCGAUUGGAAAGAUGACAACAAAGAAGCUACCUAUGAUCUAGCUGUUAAUCUUCCAUAUCUUGAUUUAUUUAUACGUGAAGUACUUCGCAUGUAUCCCGUUGGAACUAAAGGACUGACGCGUGAAUGUAACACAACCACUACAGUUUGCGAUCACACUAUCGAAGAAGGUAGUGUAAUUCAGCCUGAUGUUUUCACCAUUCACUACGAUCCUGAACUGUGGGGCCCAGAAGAUCCAAACAUCUUCUAUCCAGAAAGACAUGCCGAAAAACGACAUCCGGCUGCAUGGAUGCCGUUUGGAAUUGGUCCACGAAGUUGUAUAGGAAUACGGUUUGCACUGAUGGAACUGAAGAUGUGUUUAAUUCGACUAUUGAGAGAAUAUGAGAUCUUGGCCAGUGAUCGACUCGAAGAAGGAUUUCGACGAGAGGAAAGACUGGUCAUUCAACCAGAUGCGAUAUACAUUAAACUGAAAAAAUGUUCUACUGCAUGA